AUGUUUGUUGGUGUACGGGUGCAAUCCUUUAUGCGUGUGACGCAUUUUGAAAAUGCAAGCCGUCAUGGUUUUCCAAUUAGCAGGUCAUACCUCACAUUUGAUGUGAAUCUUGAAACAAGACUUAUGGUUGAAAUGUUUAAGGGUAUGGGAAUCAGUAAAACAGAAGUAAACUUAAGGAGGUUGCUUGCAGCUGCGCCUCAGCAGCAAAGCCAGGCAAAACUUGCGCAUUAUGUUGCUACUUUACGUGAACAAUUGGAACAAUUGGCUGAAGAAAGGACAUCGGAGGGCUUACCAAGGAUUUCGAAGGCUACAUUGAAUGAUUACUCAGAGAAGGUUGAAGCCAUUGCAUCCAAUUUGGUUAACCAUGUGACUGAUGACACACAAGAAAACUCUUCUGAAAUUGAGGAAAAAGAACAGAUACCCCUUUCUUCUGGAUUGAGAAGAAGGCCUGUACCCGUGUCAAGUACCGAAGAUAGAGCACACGAGCUUGCUGAGACUGACAAUACAUCAUCACCUGUCAAACUGGAUGCUGCUACACGUGCACUCAUUGAAAAGCACAGAAUGCUUCAAGAAGAUUUGACUGAUGAGAUGGUGGUGUUGGCGAAACAACUCAAAGAGAGUAGUCUCAUGAUGAGCCAGUCCCUUCAAAAUAAUGAAAAGAUACUUGAUUCUACCGAGAAGGCUAUUGAGCAUAGCUUGGCGAGCACCGGUCGUGCCAAUGUGCGAGCAAAGGCAAUCUACGCUCAGAGUUCCAAGAGUUCUUGCUUAACAUGGCUUGUGAUGUUUGUGAUGACAUGUGUAUUUGUCAUGGUUAUUCUUGUAAUCCGUGUAACAUAG